ACCAAGGGAACCCACCCACACUAAAACACACGCCUAUUCUCAUUCUUCGGGGCUCACUCCUCAGCUCUCAAAUCUCGUCCAUCCUCCUGGCCUGCUUGCUUGCUUGCCUGGCCUUACUUUCCAGUUCCCCAUCCAUCCAUCCAGUCCAGUCCUGUUUGCUACCUACUUUCCUCCCCAAAAGCGAAUAGGCCCCCUACUAGCCUCUUCCCACCUAGAUGGCCGCUGUUUCGCGACCUUCGAUACCUGAUUCACUGACGUUGGAACUGGACUUCUCUUCUCCUUCCUCCUCCUCCCCCCCCUCUUCUUCCACCCAGCAUCAUCAUCAACCUCAACCUCAACCUCAACCUCAACCUCAACCUCAACCUCAACCUCAACCUCAACCUCAACCUCAACCUCAACCUCAACCUCAACCUCAACCUCCCACGGCGGCCACUGCUACGCAAUCCCAGCCUCAGUCCCCUCAAGACCGGCAGCAGCUGGAGGACGGCGACAACUCCACAUCGGCGCCUCCACCACCUCAAUUCCUGCGGCAUUCCAGCUCGCCAUCCCUCUCGGGCAAGACACCCCAGCGCUCCCCCAGCGGCAUCUUCUCCUUUGCCGCCGCCGCCUUUGACAAGACCACCGUCCGACCCCGCCACUCGCUCGCCCGACUCUCCCUCACGCCUGGUUACCUCCCCAGCUCAGAGCCCACGAGCCCGGCGAGAAAGUCCAUCUUUCGGAUCCCGUCAAAUCAAUCGCUCGCGCACGGUCCCAUUGCUGAAGGCAAGACUCAGGCACCAGCCGCCGGCACGGACUCGGAACUCCUGUCCCAGCCCUACUCCGAGACAGACCCCAACACGCCACCACCCGUCAAGGUCUCCCCACGCGACAGCAAGAUGCACCAGACGUCUUCGCGCUUGCUGCGCAUGACGGACGAUGAGCGUCCAUUUACAAAGGACUUCAAGGACCUCUUCUCGACCCUCAUCGUCAGCCUCUUGCCGCUCUCCUCGCACCGUGUCCGCCUGUCCAAGGUGGACUACACUUUCUUGUCGGAGGAUGCUAUCAACAACCUCGGCUCGCUCAAAUUCUCACAGUCCAACCGCAUGCCAGACCCCAAAGACCCGUCGCGAAUCGUGACCACGACGACGACGACCACCUUUAGCAUGGCCAAGGACAUGGCGCGGUCCAUCUGCCAGCGCUUCCUCGAGGCUCGCUUCAUUGAGAGCGCCGACGGCAAGUACCAGCAGGUGUACAACAUGAAGGGCUCCGUGUGGCAAUUGACCCCCAAGGGCGUCACGGUACUGGACAGGUUCUGCUCGCGGAACGGCAUUCAGCAAAAGCAGGUGGCCGAGCUCACGGCGCUGCACUCGACGCAGCUCGUGAUCCUCGAGCGCGACCUGCAGACGGACAAGCUCAUGCAUGACCGCAGCACCAUCGAGGUCAUCUUCCGCCGCUUCGCCGGCGCCGAGGGGCGCAACGUCAAGACCAGCGUCAACGCCGCCGAUUCCGAGUCGCUGCACGACUACCGGGACGGCCUCACGGGCGUCAAGAUGGCGGCCGAGCGCAAGAUCAACGGCAAGACAUACCGCGAGACCCUGACGGGUAAGGCCGCGUCAGACUGGCUCAUGGACUGCUCGACCAUUGUCGACCGCCGGGAGACCAUGGAGAUUGCGACGCUGUUUGUCGAGUAUGACCUCAUGGAGCCCGUCGCGCAAGACCGCAACUUUAUGUCGCAAAACGCGGGGAGCAACAUGUUUCAACCGACGAAAUACGCCAUCUACCAGAUCACCCAGCGCGGCAAGGACGUGAUUGCCGGCCACAACCGGGGCCGCCAGUCGGAAAGCGAGGGCGGCGGCAGCUCUGCCCGCAACGCCAUCACGAGGGACUCCAACACCCAGCGGCUGGACAAGAUCCUGGCGGAUCCCGCCCUGCGUCUGCUCUUCCGCGAGAACCUGCGCGAGACCCACUGCGAGGAGAAUCUGUCCUUCUACAAGGACGUGGACGAAUUCGUCCGGUCAUGCAAGGCCGCCAUCCGGCUCGCGCAGAAGAACCCCUCGGCCACGUCGCUCGACAGCGUCAAGGAGAUUAUGGCCCAGGCCUACGGUAUCUACAAUGCCUUCUUGGCGCCCGGCUCGCCCUGCGAGUUGAACAUUGAUCACCAGCUGAGGAACAACCUGGCCACCCGGAUGACCAAGGCGGUCGGGCAGGAUGUCGCCAUGGUCGACACGCUGCAAGAGGUCACCUCGCUCUUUGAGGAUGCGCAGAACGCCGUCUUCAAGCUAAUGGCUAGCGAUUCGGUGCCCAAGUUCCUGCGCAGCCCCAAGUACGAACAGCAAUUACGCAACUAUGAAUUCGAUAAUAUGGGCCGCGGUCCGGAGCGCAGCCAGAGCCGGUCAAACCGAAAGUAAUCGGCCAACCUGAUGAAAUUUUUUGUCGCGGGCUGCUUCUCCUUGAUCGCUGGCUACAAUCUAUGGUUUCUCUCGUGGCCUAGCGGACACCAACAAAGUGCAAUGCUGGCCGUCGUGCCGCACUGUACAGUCAGUCACCGCUUGACGUCCGCGCUGGCGCUGCAGCUGUACCUGGGCUUUCUUUGGACAUGAGACCCAGCUUCGACGAGUAUGUCGCUUGCUCCCGUCUCGCCUCGGGAGUCGCCUGAACUGGCGCAUUGUGUUGGCAGGGCCAGGCAGGGCGUCUGAUU